CCACACAGUAACAAAACCAAUUGGGGUUUUUAAGAUUAGGUUUAGCCUCAUUCUCAGUUCUCUGCCGCAUUGGCUAGGGUUUUGCGAUCCCUCUCGAUUUUCUCUCAGUUUUCUUAUCUCCCAAACACCAACCUUAGAUCUUCCUCAUUUUUCAUUUAUAUUCACUUCUAUGGCUUUAAUCAUACAAUAGCACUCUCUCGGUGGCUAUUUCGUUUUUUUAAAACUUAAAAGCUAAAAUAUUUUCAAUCAUUUUCUUUUAAUUAACCAAUGGCAACCCAGAACCCUUUCGAUCUCUUGGAUGAUGAUACGGAGGACCCAAGUUUGGUUAUUGCCGCUGCCGAGCAGCAGAAGCUUGAAAAGCCUAAGAAAGCUCCUGGUUCGGCCCCGGUUCAAGCUCAGCCGGCUAAGUCUGCGAAGCUCCCCAGCAAGCAACUUCCUCCUGCUCAAGCUGUGAGAGAGGCAAGGAAUGAGUCUGGACGUGGAGGAGGCCGUGGUGGUGGUGGACGUGGAUAUGGUGGCAGAGGGUUCAAUCGCGAUUCCAAUGUCGGUGAUAACUCCAAUGCAUUUUCUGGAGGGUACCAACCCUCUGAAGAGGGAGAAGAAAGGAAGCAAACUGAAAGGCGUGGUGGCUAUGGUGGCCCUCGAGGUUCCUUCCGUGGCGGUCGCCAUGGUGGUUUUAAUGAUGAAGAAUCUGGAGAACGGGAACGUCCUCGCAGGAUGUAUGAUCGCCAUAGUGGGACUGGACGCGGGAAUGAGUUCAAACGUGAUGGCGCUGGACGUGGUAAUUGGGGUAGCCCUACUGAUGAAGUUGACCCGGAGAGAGGAGACAAUGUCCCUGAGAAUGAAAAGAACAUUGGCACUGAGAAGCAGCCUGGAGACGAGGAUGCUGUGGAUGCUAGCAAGGAGAAUACUGCAAAUGAAGCUGAGGAGAAGGAGCCUGAAAAUAAGGAGAUGACCUUAGAAGAAUAUGAGAAGAUUCUGGAGGAGAAGAGGAAGGCUCUGCUUGCCCUCAAGACGAGUGAAGAAAGGAAAGUUGAUACCAAAGUGUUUGAGUCCAUGCAGCAACUUUCCAACAAGAAGAGCAAUGAUGACAUCUUUAUUAAACUGGGUUCUGAAAAGGACAAGCGCAAAGAUGCUGAUAAAGAAGAAAAAGUCAAAAAGUCUGUCAGCAUUAAUGAGUUCUUGAAGCCAGCUGAAGGGGAGAGGUACUAUGGACCUGGGCGUGGUCGAGGCCGCGGCCGCGGUCCUAGAGGUGGAUAUGGAGGCAAUACAAUAAGCAAUGCGUCAGCCCCCUCAAUCGAAGACCCUGGGCACUUCCCUUCAUUGGGUGGCAAAUGAGUACCCCACCGUUGCAAUCGCAAUGGUUUUCUCUUGGGAAUUCAUUGUGAUCUUUCGAUAGUCAGGAGCUGCAAACCUUUACUGUUUUUCGAGUGUAAAUUUAGAUAAUUUGCCCUUUUCCUGACAUGCAAGCAUACAUACUUUGUUUUGUUUUACUAUUUUUGGUUAAAAUUAGAAGACAGUUCAUUAUUACGACUGAGAAAUAGCUGCAUCAGUUCAGUUUUGAUUCUAUUUAGGUUAAGACGGUGUAGUCGGUCCUGUCCGAGUUUGAGACAUGGCAUUCAUGUUAUCUUUUUAAAUCUCUAUUUGCUGACGAUUUGAGUUUUCUCCUGGCUUCAA